AUGGCGUUGGCGGAUAAACUAGACGUUCGUCGCAUCGCCAUCAUCGGCGCUGGCCCAAGUGGCCUCGCAGCGGCCAGAUACCUUCUUGCAGAGAAAAGGUUCUCCAAAAUCCGAGUCUUCGAGCAACGUGCCACACCAGGAGGUGUUUGGAACUAUACACCUCUAGCCCGAGAACAAGGCUUUUCAGUCCCAAGAACCCAGCCUAGUUUCAGCCCAGAUCAAGCCCUGUGGCCUAACGACAAUGGCGACGUUGAGUUUAUGUCACCAAUCUACGACCUCCUCGAGACAAACAUUCCCCAUUCUCUCAUGAGAUACUCCGAUAAGGAAUUUCCCCAAGGCUCAUCACUGUUUCCCCGACAUAGCGUUGUGCUACAGUACCUGAAGGAAUAUGCCCAGGAAAUCAAUCCUCACAUCUCAUACCAGACACAGGUGUUGAAUAUUGAGAAACCUGGUCCAAGCCGUUCUCAGCCCUGGACGGUUGAGGUGCUUGAUCUCAAAGCCAACAAGGUCAUCAAAGACGAGUAUGACGCUGUUGUAGUGGCGAGUGGCCACUAUAAUGAUCCAUUCAUUCCCGAUAUUCCUGGCCUCGUCGACUUUGAUAAGGCAUACCCAGGGGCUAUAUCACAUUCCAAGUUCUAUCGACGCCCCAAUGACUUCAAGGAUAAGAAAGUCAUUGUUGUCGGAAACUCUGCCUCUGGAGUCGACGUGAGUGCACAACUGUCUACUGUUGCAAAGCAGCCCAUCUUUGUUUCUGAAAAGGAGAAGCCCACCGUGAUACCACCAGCCAAGGAGCCAUGGGCCGCUGGCGUUCCCGAGAUUGUCGAGUUUCUCCCUUCUCAACGUGGUGUUCGCUUCGCUAACGGCCAGAUCGAGAACGACAUUGAUGCUGUCAUAUUCUGCACCGGUUUUCACUACUCGUACCCCUUCCUGAAGUCUCUUGACCCAACUGUAGUUGUACCUAGUGGAGGCCAUGCAGCACAUCUCUGGGAGCAGAUUCUCUACACUGCGGAUCCUACCUUAUCAUUUCUCAGUGUUCCACAGCGAAUUGUUCCAUUCCCUAUUGCUGAAGCACAGAGUGCACUAAUUGCUCGCAUCUGGUCCGGGCGCUUGAACCCCCCUUCAGAAGCUGCUAUGGAAGCAUGGGUACAGGAGCAACACGAAGAGAAGGGAGAAGGCAAGGCAAUCCAUGUCAUGGCGUUCCCAGAAGAUGUCGACUACAUCAACCGUUUGUACGAGCUGAGCAAAACCGCGACCAAGGCCCCUGAGCUCGGCCUUGAGAAUGAUGGCGAGGGCAAGAGACCGCCUUACUGGGGACUAGAUAAGCGAUGGGUGAGGGAGAGAGUACCAAAGAUCAAGUUGGCGAGCAGAGCAGCGGGCGAUAAGAGACAUGAACUGAGGACAUUGGAAGAUCUCGGAUUUGAUUAUGAGGAGUGGAAGAGGACGGUCGAAGAGGGGGAGAAGUUAUUUUAG